UGACAGCGAAAAACCUGUCUGAAUCCAGGACUUGGCAAGAGUGAGCCCCAGACGAGAUAAUUCAAUUGGAGUCACAAGAAAUCUGAACCAGCCUGUGCUGUAUAGAAUUGCGUACGGGGCACACCCCAUCACCGAUCACUAACACCUACCUACUCGACCACCACCACCACCAUCCCCAGCCAUGCGCAACUCUCUCUACCUGGGCUGGCUGCUGCUGGCUGCCCUGAGCAUCUCUGGCUGCCUGGCGCUGCCCAUGAUCCGCUUGGGGGCUCCGAGGGAGCGCGAGAGGCUCCACGCGGAGCUGGCGAGAGACGAGGUGCCCGGUGCGCUCGGGCACCUGGCGGACGAGACGGAGGAGACUGGGGAGCGCCACUUCCUGCCGUUGCGACGAUCGCUGAGCCUGGCUGCCCAGGAUCCUCUGCAGGAGUCUGACAACUCCCCGCAGUUCCGUCUGCUGCGUGACCGCAUGCGUGCCUACCUGCAGCAAGGGGCGGCUCAGCUGGUGCCAGUGAGGGUUCCUCCCCGCGACGUGGGUCACAGGCUCACAGACCGGGAUUACAUCGGCUGGAUGGACUUUGGCAAGCGCAGUGCUAUGGAUCAAGAAUAUUACUCUUGAGAUAUGCAGCUCUAAAUGGCUCAAAACCUAUAUUAAAUACGUGGACAGAUUCCAGGGCUGUAAUUCAAACUAUUAUAUAUGAAACAUAAUGAUACUAACUAAUAAUCAUUAUUAGUAAUCAUUAUUAUAAAUUAAAAACAUUUGGUAUUUGCACCGUUCUGAGCACAGGUGGUCCAUCACGAAGGUAGUAGAUUUCACGGAUGGGUGUAGUCUGCAAGUAGGGGGCGAUGUUGCAAUGUGUAAUCGCAAUUGAAUAAUUGGUGGGUAAUUUACCAAAUUUGGACCAUGACGCCAGCGCAAAAGGGCCUACUCAUUUUGAAUUACGUCAGGGGAUUUUUUUUAACAUCCACUAGAAACAGACGACAAGUAUUCGCAUGAUUAAUAUACCCACAUUAAUAAACAAGCAGCGAACAGGCGAGCAUAGACCCGCAUCACCAUAUUUACUUGACUGUUGGUGUCUUGGAAAUCUGAACGUUUUGCUGGCCAUGUUUUAGAGGUGCAGGGAAAACAACUAACAUAGAUGUACAAUAAGUGAGCUUCAGUGAUCCAAAUGAUAUAUAUAGAUAAAUACAGUGUGUACUGUUUGUUAAGUUGGUGACGAUUUUCCAACAGCCCUUGAUGUUUGUCCAUGUGUUUUUGCUAUUUAUUGCUCAAAAGUACCAUUAUCAUGUCGAUAUUCUUCUCGUGCUGCAAUUGCAAAUGUGUUUCCCUAUGUUAAUGUACAAAGGCGUUUUGAAUAUGGCAAACCAUCUACAUUUCACUAGCAAGACGUAAAUGUACAUACAUGACAUUAAUGCAACAAUAAAAAAUCUGUCGCAAUUUUGUUGAAAAUUUAUAUUUUUAAUAUUGUUUAAUCAUUACACAAACCUGUUGAAUGAAAGGUAUAUUAAUGCGAAUACGUUAAGACAGAUCAUGUACCAAGCCCGCAUACUAAAUUACGUAUUAUUUUUAUUUUGAUAUCGCCUUUUAUUUACAUAUGAAUUAAACUUUUUUUAAUUUGCACUGGUUAGUGGUGCAUUACACGU